AUGACCAAUAACAUUUUCGAAGGAACGAUGACAUCCACCAACGAAUCACCAAUUCCACACCUCCAAAUACGCCAACUCAAAAAAUUUCAAAGAGAGUGGACUAUUCUUGUUGUUAUCCUAAGAACUAUCGAGUCAUCUUAUGAGAACAACAAAGGAUCAGGAAAACUACUAAAAUUAAUUUUUGCAGACUCAGAGGGGAAAAAAAUACAAGGUAUUAUGUUUGGAGAAACUAUUGAAAUGUAUAAGCAAAUGCUUCAGAAGAAUAAUGUUCUUUACAUCUCAAAUGGAGAAGUCAAACCAAUAAACCCGCUUUAUGGAAAUGUACAUGAGUCAAUUGAGUUGACAUUGACUAAGAACAUUUCUAUCAAAGAAUCAAAAGCAGAGUUUCAAUUUGAUAAGAUAUUGAAUAACUUUAUCUCAAUCAAAGACGCAAUUUCCAACGAGGAUACAAGGAAUAUAAAUGUUCUUGCAAUGAUAGCAAAUGUCAAGCCUAUGAUCAAGUACGUUACAAGAUAUAAUAAGGCAGACACAAGACGGGACAUUAUUAUAGUAGACAAAGAUGACAUAACAUUGUCUGUAACUUUAUUCGGAGAUUUAGCUGUCAAUGAAGGCUCAAUGAUUGAAGGAAAUAAGCAUGAGACUACUAUCAUAGCGCUUUCAGAUUUUAAAAUAUCAUUGUACAAAUGUAUCAUUUUUUAA